AUGGCUGGACAGCCUAUUUCCUUCUAUGACUGGAUCAAGGUUCCAAUGUAUCUGUUUGCAAUCAUCGCCCUGGUUUCAGAGUGUGUUGCAUUUGGGUAUUUAGGAAGCGUUGAACCUAACAGAGGCUAUCACCAGGCCUCGCUGGUCUCUAAAUGCAUCAGUGAAGGCGGCAUCUACAUUCUCAAUAUGUGGCUACUUGUUCAUGGCAUGCUAAAGACCCCUGAUAUUGCAGGUCCGGGUGUUUCGCUGGCCCAGUGGCGUCAGGUGCCUAGUGACUACAGAAACUGA